CAGGAUGGACUCACUGGCAGCGCGUGGGGUGACUGGGCCAACUACACUGCUUCUCCAUUGCGGGCAUUUGAAAAUGAGUUGGGUGUCCAAGCUCCUGUGGGAUUUUGGGACCCCGCCGGAUUCACAGCUGAUGGCAGCGUAGAGGACUUCAAGCGCCGUCGUCAGACUGAGCUCAAGCACGGUCGCAUCUCUAUGCUCGCGACAAUGGGCUACAUUACGCCGGAGAUCACUGGAAAGUUGCCGGGCUACUUGUCCCCAUCCGCGGGAUUGAAAUUUGCCGACGUGCCCAACGGACUCGCGGCAAUCUCCAAGGUGCCUGCAGCAGGCUGGGGACAGAUCUUGGCCUACAUGGCAUUCUGCGAGGUUUCCCAGGAUCAGUCUCCUGGCACACCUGCUGCCGCUGGAGACUUUGGCUUCAAGGUCUUGACUUCAUCCGAUCCUGCAGAGAAGACCAAAAAAAUUGUCAGCGGAACUUGCCAACGGAAGACUUGCAAUGAUGGCCAUCAUCGGCAUGUUUUUCCAGGAUGGACUCACUGGCAGCGCGUGGGGUGACUGGGCCAACUACACUGCUUCUCCAUUGCGGGCAUUUGAAAAUGAGUUGGGUGUCCAAGCUCCUGUGGGAUUUUGGGACCCCGCCGGAUUCACAGCUGAUGGCAGCGUAGAGGACUUCAAGCGCCGUCGUCAGACUGAGCUCAAGCACGGUCGCAUCUCUAUGCU